GUGACCCCUGGCGAGCAGGCCGCCUGGAGCGAGGACGUGCGGGAGCCGGCACGGAGCCCCACGGCGGCGCUGGACCCCCCGGUGCUGGCGUCGGCGGGCAUGGCGGCGACGACGGCGUACCUUUGCCAUUCGAGACCCCCGCGAAGCUGCUCCGUAUCGACGACUGCGUCGUCGAUGUGA